UUAGCUGCUACGACGGGAGAACAUCGGCAGUCCCAUGAAAGAAAGCCUCAAAAUGCCGUGGCUGUUCUUGUGGCACACCAGCUCAAGUGAAAUGAAAGAAGACAACCAUGAGGUUGCAGAGGGCAAGGAUCAUAAGAAGAAGAGCAAGGCAUUGGGUGUCGAAAUGAAAAACUAUUUGAUGUCUUUUGUGCCACACAUCGAAGCUGCCGACAUCAAGUAUUCCAACUCGAAAGGCGUAAUGAUCCCUGCAGAAGAAGUGACACAGUGGUCCCAGUCUCUCGAAAAGCUUCUGGCCACCCAGUAUGGUCGAGAAGUUUUCAGAGAAUUUCUGAAAUCUGAGUUCAGUGAUGAAAACAUCGAGUUUUGGCUUGCUUGUGAGGACUACAAGAAAACCCAAGCAGAUCAUUUACACAGCAAAGCAGAGAAGAUCUACAGGGAGUAUGUUCAGUCAGAUGCUAAAAAACAAGUCAACAUUGACUUUCACACAAGAAAAUCCAUAGCUAAAGAGGCGCAAGCUCCAACUCCUUCAAGCUUCAAUGAGGCACAGAGAGUUGUUUAUGUUCUGAUGGAGAGAGACUCUUACCCGAGAUUCCUCAAGUCCAGGUUCUACCUUAACCUGCUCAGUAAGGUUCAGUGCAACAGCCUCAAGUGAGGUCUCUGGUGACAGCCAAGGACUGGCUCUGAAGUCUCUCAAGCAGUGAAAGCAGCUCAAGUGUGGCUGGCACACAAACUGUGAACUGUUGGAAUUGAGAACAGAAGAAGACUUGAGAACUGUGGCAUAGUCAGAAUUACACAAGCCAGACAGAUGAGGAUGUCUCGGCAAGUUUCUUCAAGAAGAAACAGUGAAAGGAUGAGGCACCAUAUUUUCUUGAUCUAAGAACCACUUCCCAUUUUACCAUGUCCUUUCUCCCAAAACUGAUCAUACCAUUCACAUCUGCUGUCACAUGGGAAAGAGAUGUAUCUCUAUUCCUGCUGUUAGUAAGGGUCACAAAUUAUGUGCACCAAUUGCUUUCUCUGGUUAUUGCAGUUAAAACUACAGUCUGAGCCUCUUGACAUGCAUUGCCUCUGAUCUGAUGUGUAAGGUCUCACUCUUCCAGUGCAUACACAUGUGCAAACCCUUUGAUGCUGUAUGCAGCCACUGAGAGAUGGAUGUGCAUGUGUGACUUAGCCCCAAAGCAACCUCAGUAACAUGUACCAGUUCCAGCUCCAGGAAAGUCAACAUCCUGAUAUUAUGGAGACUACAGUUCUGGAACUGGAAAUGUCAGGAAUCAGAGUGCCUUAUAAUGGCAUGUUACUGGACGCAAAUCUUAAUCAGGCCUGCACAAAUUGUGAGCCCCCAAAGCUGAACACAAAUUAUCAUGAUCAGCCAUGAGCUCAAGAACACUUGAGCUCCUACAGUCCUGCCACAACCAGUCCACUUGACAUGGUUGUCUUUGAGCUUGGCAAGCCACAGGUUGUACAGCCCAGCAUUAAAUCCAUCCAUACUGACAACAGCAGCAGCACUUUGAAAGAUGCUGUGCUGGGAAGGAAUAUUUAACUAAGAUGAAAUGCCUGAAGUCAAGGUUUUGCAACCCCAACUUCUAGCCAUGGGUCAAUGUGGUCACUAUUGUAGCACUGAGGUUUCGAGGGACCAGGAUGUAACCAGCCAGCUCUAUUCUUCAGGCUCUUACCUUGUGGAUGUUCAGCUUCCCCAGAGGGACAAGACCAUGUGGCCCAAGAGAAACUUCCCCCUUGAAGCUGAGCUGCAGCUGCUUCCAUGCACCUCUGAUUUAUUCUUUCAUCUUUCCAUUGGCUGGGUUCCUGAUUCUGCCUUCCACUACCUGAGACAAAGAGAAAAGAAGCCAAGUAGCCCCGCUGCUUUUCUCAGGCUAUAAAGAGGCAGGAAAGAGCAGCCUAUAUCAGAACUAUGCUAUUGCUAUGCAUCCCAGAAAGCUGGUGCCUAAUGGGAAGUAGAUGUCCACCGCAGCUGGAAAGUUGGAAGAAUUCCACCUUCCAGCUGUGCUUGUCCAAAGGCUUCUCUGCUUUCAGGAGGAAUGGAAGGAUCCCCAACAUUUGUUGUUUGUUAGAGUCGGUUUGCAACAAGAAGCAAAAGUGAUUUUCAACGUGACAAAGGCCCUGCUUGAAGACAAGUGAACUUAAGGAGGUCCAUGGAAGGAAAGAUGCCCAAGGUUCCUCCCACUGCAGUACCCUUCCAAAUCUGACAAGCCUCCAUUGGGUGUCCAAGGAAUCUGUAUAGACUGAGACAGAGCACGGGGGGUGUUUGGGUAAGGGCAGAUCUCUCCAAACUGGGCAGAGCUUUUCAGGGGGUAGAAAAAUUUCCUUCGGUGAACUUCCUGAAGUUGCAAACCUUUGUCACCAGACCCUGCAAUUUUUGCCCCAUAUGUAAGCUAUUUCAUUGAUAAUGGGUUAAGAUCUGUGUUGCUUUAUGACAUUGAAUGCUCUGUAUGUUACCCUCAAAUGAAUCUCCCAUUGAAUGGGACCCUGUUUCCUGUGUAUAUAAGCUAGGACAUGAAUAAUUCUAUUUCAGUAGUCGAUAAAUAACAUAAUAUUUAAUUUAUUGCAGAUUGUAAAUUAAACGGCAAAUGACCGCUAAAUUAAAUUUGUAUCAGAAACUGUG